GGCGUGUUUGAUACGUACAGUUUUUCCCAGAAAGGUGGAUGAUUCCAAUGGAUUAUGUUCGCCUAAUGUGGAUGCUAACAUGCCUUUAGAAGAAAUUCCAAUGGAGGAGUCUGUCAGAAAUAUUUUAACUGAGGAACAAAUAUAUGAUGAUGAAUGGUCAAUUAGUAGAAAUAAAUUAUACUUUAUCGUUCAAUUUUCUGUAUCUGAUUCGAAUAAGAUGGAACGUAUCCUUGACAGACUAGCGUAUUUCAAUAUUGGAAAAACACUUGACUCGUCAAUUAUGGUUACGGAGCCCACGAUAAAUGUUCAAAAACGUAAUAAAGGAGAAAAAUCCGGUGUUAUAUCAUAUUCGGCAAUUCAAAACUUUAUUGGAACUCUGAAAUCAAGAUUGUGUGUUGCUCAGGUUUACAACGAAAUUAACCAACGUGGAUCGUUUGAUAUGAAUUAUUUAUGUUUCCUACUGUGUGCAGCUAUUGUGGCAAAUAUAGCUCUCGUGACCAAUUCUGCUGGCGUCGUAUUUGCAAGUAUGCUAUUAUCUCCUUUGAUGGAUCCAAUCAUGUGCAUUCUUUUUGGUUUGAAUUUACGUGAUCGUAAUAUGACAACUAAAGGUAUUCGCAACACAUCGAUUUCACUAAUUAUCUGUGUUAUGAUUGGAUUAACGUUUGGUUAUGUGGCACAUGCAAUUAGUGCUUUUCAAGAUGUUACACCAUAUCCCACAAGCGAGAUGGUUCAAAGGGGUGAACUACGAUCUUUUAUUGGAUCAAUGCUUGUAGCAGCAUUUUCUGGUGUUAGUGUUUCUUUCGCUAUACUAAGUAAGCGACUAUCAGCUUUAAUUGGGAAUGCAAUAUCACUUUCAUUGUUACCGCCAGCAGUUAACUGCGGUCAUUUGUUAUUACUCUCUCUUCUGGCCAUCUCCACUGGAGAGAAACGUGAGUAUGAAACAACAACAGAUGUGGAGUCGAAUGUUACAGCCACAUUGCAUUAUUGUACAUAUCCAUGGAUUCGACAAUACGAAUUUAUCUAUAUGCGAAAUCAUUGUAAUGCUCCUUUGGAAUUCCUUUACGUUGGUUUAUCAAGCUUUUGUCUUGUAACAAUGAACAUCAUGUUAAUUCUAGUUACUGGAUAUACGGUGAAUAAGAUCAAAAAUCUGGUCCCACUUUCGUUUACAAAUGAAAUCACUCGGAGAUUUUAUCAAAAAGACUUACGAGAGGUUCGUGAAAAUUACAAAUGUCUGCAUAAAUUUGAUGCAGCCGGUUUAGCCACUUAUGCAUAUAAUGAAUAUUUACGUUUAAAUAAAAUUAAUACACAUGAUGAUGAGCUAACAAAUUUGGAUAUUGAAGAUGCCGAUCAGAUUGCCAAUGACUUUCAUACAAUUAUGAAGGAUCUCAAAAAAGAUCCCUAUCUACAGACUAUUACUGCAGAAACAACCCAAGGUGAUAACAGCUUCUUGAAGAGAUUUAUGGAGAAAUCCGACGAAUUAUCAUCGAGAAACGCCGUGAAACGAGUAAAAAAGCGCCAUACAUUUUGUUAUCCCGAUAAAAAGUCUAUGGUGUCCCAAGAUGAAGCAGUUAGCAAUAAUAUUAAUAGCACUACAAAUAUUAAUAAAACUAUUAACAUUACCAGUCGUCCUACGUUUGUCAAUAAACAUAUCAACAGUAACACAUGUCAUAAUCUUGAAAACAGGAGUAAUAACAAUGUUACAAGAGUAAAGCUAGUGUCUGAAAUUAGACCCUCAAGUUUUGCUAAUGAAAUUUCUUACUCUUUUAUUCAUGAAAACUGAAAUAGAAUCUUAAAACAAAUGACGUCCAGUUUUCACCAUUAAUUGAAAAUGGCAAAUAUCGAAAAUGUCCAAUGAUACAUGAAAUUAAAGAAUCGAAAAUGAAAACUUCCAGUUCUACAGGAAGAUUUGAAGUGGUGUCUGUAGAAUGUCAAUCAGAAUCUACAUAUGAUCCAGAACAGGAUGAUAAGGACGAAAACAACACUAUGUUGAGAAGAAACGUUUGAGAAAACCAAAGUAAACACAGAAAAUAGCAACCAUCACAACAAAAUAUUGUUUACAUUACGGUUAUCUCAAUCUUAAGAUUUAUCUUUAAAAAAACAAGUGUCUAUCACUUCAAAUUUAUCAAAACUAGAUCUAUAUUAGAUUGACUGAUUUAUCUAAUAAAAAGAUGACGAUUAUCAUUGUUUUUAA